AUGGCGACCCCCUCUUUUAAGCCGAACCUCCCCCCCCUUCUCCCAGACGCGGAGCUGGCGGGCCUUUUAAACAGCAUCCUCCAUGCCACGGAGGCGGAGGAGCGGCGGGGGGCCGAGGCCGCCGUUGUCCUCGCGCUCGGGAACAGGGCAAACCUCCCGGGGCUGGUCCGGCUGCUUUGCGGGGAGGGCGAAGGGGAGGGCCCCUCCGCCGGAGUCCGUCAGCUCGCCGCGGUGCUCCUGCGAAAGCGGAUCUUUUCCUUUUGGGCCGUUCUCGACGCAUCCGAGCGAACGGCGCUGAAGGCGGUGGUGCUGCGGCGGCUGGGCGAGGAGCCCGUGCGGGCCGUGCGGCUCGCCCUCGCGCACGUCGUCGGGCGCUUGGCGAAGGCGGACGGGAGGUGGGGGGAACUCGCGGGGGCCAUCCACGCCGCCGCCACGGGGGACGCGCGGGCGGACAUGCGCGAGCUCGCGAUGGUCCUCGUCCACAGCCUCGCGGAGGUGUUUGCGGGCGCGCCAGGGCUCGGCGAGGUCGCCGCGGGGGCCGUCUUGCGCGGCCUCGCUGACGCCGAGGCGGGGGUGCAGAGGGCCGCGGUGAAGGCCGCCGUCGCCCUGCUGCCCUCGCUCGAGGACGACGCGGCGGCCCACGGGGGACUCCUGCGCGAGCUCCUCCCUCUCACGGUGGGGCUUUUGCAGGCCAACGCGCGGGAUCCCACGCGGGCUUCGCUUUGCCGCGGCCUGUUUGAGCUUCUCGAGGUCGUCACCGAGGCGCUUUCGCCGAAGAAAAACGCGGGACAGCUGGUGGAGCUCGCCCGCGGGCUGCUGGCGGUGAUGGAGGACCGGUCGACGACGGCCAGCGUGCGGGAUGGCUGCGGGAUUGCCCUUGAGGAGCUCGCCGCGCGGAGGCCGAAAUUCGUCGUUUCGCACAAUCUUCUCCAGCCUCUCGUGGACGCGUGCGUUCGGAUGAUGGCCGAGGACGCCACGAUCGCGCUGCCGGAGAAUAAUCUUGACGACCCCGAUGAGGAUGAUAAGGAUCCUAACAAUGACAUGGACGAUGAUGAGGAUGAGGACGACAUGGAGGCCGCCCGCUCCCCCUGCAUGAUAGGCGGCUAUUUGCUCAGUGGUUUAGCCGAUAAAAUCCCGUCAAAGCCCUUCACCGCUGCCCUUCUUCCCUUUAUUUCCGCGAUUUCCGAUUCCUCUAACAAUACUAAUAAUAGCCAACCGACUCAUCCGUUUGAGCGGAAGGCCUGUGCGUUGGCGAUGGCGGCGCUGGCGGAGGGCAGUCCGGCUUUUCUCCGCCGACGGGUUGGGACCGUGCUCGACCUCGCUUGUCGAUUUCUCGCCGACGAGGACGCCACCCCGCGCGAGGCCGCCGCUUUUGCGCUCCGAUACUUCGCGGAGCACCUUCAGCCAGAGAUUUUAACCCAUCACUCGCUGUUAAUUCCCCUUUUGCGCGAUUUGUUAGCGAAGGAAAGCGGGGACCUCGUGCGGCGUCGUCUUGCCGAGGCCUUGGACACCCUCUGUGAGAACCUCGAGGAGGAGCUCGAGCCCUACGUUGUGGAGCUCAUGCCGGUGAUUGUUGGGGCCCUUCAUCAUAACACCAAUGAUCCCCAUAAUAGCGGUGGGGUUUCCUUAGAAACGCAAACGGCGCUCUGCGGCGUGAUUUCUUCGAUUGCGGCGACGAAGUGUCCGGCGUUUUUGCCCUUCGCGGGGCCGCUUUUAGAGCUUUUUCAGCAGCCCCUCGCGCAGACGGCGCCGGCGACCCUCGCGUUGAGGGCCCAGGCCACGGAAACGGCCGGCAUCGUCGGCGCCGCGAUGGGAAAGGCGGCCUUUGCGCCCUACGUCGAGCUCUUUAUGCCGCGAAUUCGCGAGAACCUCUCGCUGGGCAGCGCCGUCCUGCGGGAACAUAGUUUUGGGUUUUUGAGCAACCUCUGCGAGAUCCUGCAGGGGGAUUUUAUGCCCUACCUCGACGACGCCCUCGCGGCCGCCCUGCACGCGAUUGAGGAGGAUACCGCCAUCUACACCAAUCGCCAUCCUUUGGCGAAGGGGGAUAUGCCGUUGGUGCUCGAGGAUGAUUUUGAAAACCGCGGGGGUUUGAAUUCUCAUGGCCACCCGGCGGACGAUGAAGUGAAAAGCGGCGAGGAGGAAGCCGAAGACGAGGAGGAGGAGGCGGACGCCGCGGAGGAGAUCCACAUGCGGGUGCGCACCGCCGACAUCGAGGAAAAGUCCUCCGCGCUGUAUUGCAUCGGCGUCUUUGCGGAGGUCCUGCGCGGGGAGUUCGGGGAGUCCCGGGUGGGGCGUUGUUGGGACGGGCUAUCCCCCCUGGAGGGCCAUUUCCACCCCAACGUGCGCGGGAACGCGAUGGUGGCCGGGGCGAAGCUGCUCCGGGCCUCGCAUGGCGGGGCCGAGGUGGUGCCCUCGCAGACCGAGGACACCCUCUCGCCGCGAACGCGGGGCCUUCUCAACGACUUCGUCCACCACGUCCUCCUGCGGACGAUGCAGGAGGAGCCCGAGAAGGAGGUUUUCAUCGCCGCCUGCGAGGCGAUGGAGGGGGUGGUGAAGUUUUUCGGCCCGCAAUGUUUCCCCUUCGGCCCGGACGCGCUGGUGCGGGAGUGCGUGGAGGGGCUUCGCCAGCGCAAGGCCUGCCUGCUCGCCGACGAGGACGCGUCGUCGACGAGCAGCGAGGACCCCGACGACGACGGCGAUGAACUUUUCCGCGCGGUCGACGACGCCCCGGCGGGGACGUCGUCCUGGCGCGAGGUGAUUUCCCCCCAAGACGUCCUCCGCGGGGUUUAUUUGCCCGAGGACCACAACGAGGCGCUGGAUGCGAUUGUGGAGGUGUUGGAGGCCCUCGCGGGGGCCUACGGCGGGGCGUUUUUGCCCUACGCGGCGUAUCUUUUUCCGCUUUUGGGGCUUUACGGGGACCCGCAGCGGCGCCCCGCGGAGGAUCUCGUGAUGGCGACGGGGUCUUUUGCGGGGCUUCUGCUCGCCCUCGGGGCGGGGGCCGCCGGGGCGCACUUCGAGGCCGCGCGGGCCCUCGCGUUUGGCGUCCUGCGCGGCUCCGACGACUCCGCCGCGCGGGGCAAUAGCUGCUACCUCCUCCGCGUCCUGGUGGAAAGCUGCCCCGAGCGCUUUUUGGAGCCGCUGGGGGAGUCCUCCGCGUCCUUUUCGUCCUUCUCGUCGUCGUCGUCGUCGUUGUCGAUGGUGGAGGAGACGUUGCGGGCGCUGUGGGAGGUCGUCUCCGGCGGCGCCGUGGCGGAGAUCCCGCAGGCGGUGGACAACGCCGUGAGCGCGGCCUGCAGCCUCGUGCGGUGCCUCCCGCCCGGGGUGGUCCCGCGGGAGGAAAUCCUGCCCAGUCUUCUCCCGCUGAUCCCCAUGCGGCUGGAAAAGGCGGAGAACGCGAACGCGCUCGCGACGCUGGUCUUUUUGCUCUCGGCGGAGGCCGAGGGGACGGCCCGGGCGGCCUGGCUGCCGGGGAUGGUGGGCUGCAUCGCGCGGGUCGUCGCCGCCCGCGGCGUCGACGAGGCGGAGAAGGCCACCCUCCUCCAGGCGGGCGUGCGGAGUUUUAUCGCGCGCCAACCUCAGGCGUGGCAGCAGGCCUGCGCGGUGGCGGAGUUGGACGGGGAUCAGCAAGAGGCCCUCCGAAGCUCCGGCGUUCUUUGCAUGUAG